AUGGCUUUAGGAUCUGUUGGAAUUUCAUUAGUUCUCGCUCCAAUUGUGCUGCCCAUUUUUGGGGACAAAAAGUCCAAUUUGCCGUGGUUUGAAAGUGUUUUGUGGACAUUCUCUAUCAUCUUGGAAUCAGUCUGUGUCCUUCCGCAGCUGUUACUCCUUCGCCAGACUACUGUGCCCACUGUCAUCAACUCCUACUAUCUUUUGAUGCUGGGCUCUUACCGAGCAUUCUACAUCAUAAACUGGUUUGUGAGGGCAGUUGGACCUGACCACCACGUAGACUGGAUUUCUAUCAUCUUCGGCGUCCUCCAAACGGCAUUCUACGUGGACUUUGCCUGGGUUUACUAUACUCGUCAGCGCGUCAAGCUCCGAAACGGAGGGGUGGUUGAUUCGGAAGACUACCGGAACAGUUAUCUUGUGAACAAGGUGUUCAACAUUAGGCGGCGCAGGAGCGAGGACGAAGAAGAGCAGAGGCUCCAUGACCAGGAAAAUGGCGAUGAGCACCAACCGCGAAAUAACCGAUGGGGUGCUCGGGGAAUUUCCGUCUCUGCGGACGACACGUUAGAGAAUCAGCGCAACGGUCGUUCCUUCGCGGCAGAUCAUGACACAGAGGGCUUCUCCGAGGAAGAUAGCAACUGA